UCCUAACCCUUUGACAAAAUCUCUAUGUGGGCUUGGGUUAAGGCCACUACAAUAUUAACACUAUUUCUCCAUUUACUCUCUCCCUUCCCAUUCCAAGCUCCUUACGUUCCUCUCACCCAUCCACUUCUUCUACCUCUUCCUCCUCCUCUCUCUCUCUGGUGUGUGAUGGCGCUGUGUGUGUGAGCCAUGGGCCCCUCUCCGACCACCAUGUCCAAGCUCAAGCUGGGGAAGCUGCGUUUGGUGCGCCGGCGGCUGCUACAGCGCUACGAGCACCAGCCCUAUGUCUCGUGCCUGGCCGGCCUCUACGGCUGUCAAUGGAGACGCUACCAGAGGACCCGCGCCACGCCGGGAGACUGCUGCUGCAGCAAGUUGGAGUGUGUCAGCUUUGCUCUCCUCAUCAUGACUUUCUGUCUCACGCUGGUCUUCCUCUACUUCUGGAGUGAAGCUCAGAAUGACUACAAUGAUUUUGACUGGUUUAACUUUGGGAACCUAGGAUUCUGGUUCCCCUGGUCUGUGGUGUUGCUGGUCAUUGCUGCCGCUUUCUUCAGCUACGUCACUCUGCUGCUGCUGUUGGCUGUGUGUCUGCUGUCAGAGGGACAGAAGCUGUACCUACACUGGGGCCACAAGAUUGGCAUCCUGGUGACUCUAGCCUUCUCCAUUGUGGCCACAGCAGUUCUGUCUGACCUAUGGAGCAAAGAGUGGACCACUCUCCUCCUUUCUUUCCAGGUGACGGCGCCAUAUUUGCAUGUGGGAGGAGUCUUGUUGAUGACACUGCUAUCCUGGCCAAUAGCCUUACAUUUCUUCCGCAUCAAUAAGAAAGUAGGGCGGACGCUCAUCAUGGGGCUGUACCUGGCGGUUCUGUGUGCCCUCUACUUAGUGCCCUUGGGCAUGUACUCACCCUGCCUCAAAAAAGAGGGUGCUCUGGGCCCCGCUCCAGCCCUCAUCGGGCACAGAGGGGCACCCAUGCUUGCUCCAGAGAACACUAUCAUGUCCUUUGAGAAGGCAGUGGAGGCUGGUGGGGAAGGUCUGGAGACUGACGUCACCAUCAGCUACGACGGGGUGCCCUUCCUGAUGCACGACCGCACCCUGAGGAGGACUACCAACGUGCAGAAGGUGUUCCCCAACCGGACGGAUGCCCCUGCGGCCAUGUUCACCUGGGGAGAGCUGGAGACCCUCAACGCCGGGGACUGGUUCCUCUAUCGCGACCCUUUCGGCACGGCCUGGUCUCUGGGCGCCGAGGACCGGGCGCAGGCACAGAACCAGUCUGUGUGCACCCUCAGGGACUUCCUGGAACUGGCAGCCCAGAGGGGCAAACAGGUGAUCUUCGACCUCUACCGCCCCCCUCGGGGCCACCCCUACAGGGACACCUGGAUCACACACACCCUCGAGGUCAUCCAGAACGAGUCCUCCAUCCACUCACACCAGGUACUGUGGCUGCCCCCAGACCUGCGGAGCCUGGUCCAGAAGAUGGACCCUGACCUCCAGCAGACCUCUGGGUCCUGGAGUCCAGUGGAGGAGCUGCAACAGAACCACAUCGUCCAACUCAACCUGCACUACAGCUCCAUGUCUACAGAGAUGAUCAGUGAGUAUGCGGCGGCUAACAUCAGCACCAACCUGUAUGUGAUCAGCCAGCCGUGGCUCUACUCUCUGGCCUGGUGUUCCGGGGCUCAGUCUGUCACCACCAAUUCCCCACAGCUCCUCUACAAACUCACCAGACCCCUUUUCCUCAUGACUCCAGAUGAGUACAAUCUGAUGUGGGUCCUCACCGAUGUGGUGUCCUUCAUCCUCAUCCUCAUCAUCUUCAUCUUCCACUGGUGGCGAGAACGAGGCUUGGCUUUCUAUUCGGGCAGCAAACCCACACUAGAACACGGCACCUACAGCAAGUUCAGGACAGAGAUGAGUGAUGUGUGGUCCGUCUCCAGUGUCAACAUCCUGGGAGAGCCUGCAGGAAGCCCUCUAGCCACUGAGCCUAACCUGGCGACCGUUUGAGCACUGAGAACCAACCAACCAACCUCCUCUGUGAGGCCCAGUUCAAACAAACCAUUCCUCCCCCUCACUCUCACAACACCCCUGGGCCCAACCUGGCAUCUCACCAGGACCCAACCUGGUAACCCGGAGUUCAACCUGUCAACCCCUGUAACUUUUAGUGAGAAUGAGAAAUAGGCCUCACAUCAUUGAACUAUCUGAGCUAUAAGUGGCGCUGAUGUUAUGUCACUUGCAGAAAGGAUUUCAUUGCAUAGAAAUGAAUCCGUAAAUCCCAGAUUAAAGCCCACACAGCCUCAAGGACCAUAACCAACUCUUCACACUACAGACACCCUCUGAUGCUGGGAAGAGAUGACUACACUAUUGAACCAGGCCCAUGGAAAUGGAUUACUCACUGCAUUAAUAUCAGGGAAAAAGAACCCUUCCGCUGUAGAUAUUCUCAAUUUAUUUAGCCCUCCACGGGUUCCUUUCCAUUUCAGCAGCCACUGCAGUGUUGAAUGAAUUACACACUUUACCAUUUCCUUACUGUGAGAGAGUAGUGGUCGAUAAGAUGUGUGUGUAUAUGACAGACUGGCGUUCAAUUAGUACGUGUUUGUUUUCUUUCGAAUACUUAUGAUGUGCUUGAUUGAGCUUUCCUGGCAUUCAGGGAAGUAAUGAAGUAGUCACAAAAGUGCAAACUCCGCCCAUCUGGAAUCUGGCACGCCAAUCAAAUGGGCAGAGUAUUGCAAAGAAAAAUGAAUAUUAGAACCCAGGUUUGAAUAUGACACGAUUCUGUUUAUUUCUGGAGAUAAAUGUGUUUGAUUGUAGUCUACGUUUAUAAGCACUUUUAGAGCAUUAGGCAGCGUAAUGAGGUGACACCCAGAGAACCUCGCAACAUACUGUAUAAUCACUGCAACAACAUAACAGUGACCUACUGAGAACAAUUAGACUGUAUUUCCAUGGUCCAUAUUGAGUUCAUUGUUUUUAACAAAUUUGUUUAGUCUUUUCAACACAAAUGAAAAUCCUUCUGGCAAGGAUUAAAAAACCAAAUGCUAUACAAUGUUUAGUCCUUUUGGCCAGAUUAUAGCAGAACUCUUACAUCUCCCUACAGUUGAUUCUGCCUCAGCUUUACUGAGCCAAAUCAAUGUGAAUAAUGCCAACUUCAGCUCUGGUAGCUGAGAGAAUGUUUUUUCUAAUAAUUAGUAUUGAACCUGUUAAGAUUCCUUUAUGACUGAGGACAUAUUGAUGAGUAACUCAUCACAAAGCUACGGUGGUCCGAAAGGGCAAGGUAGCUUCCAAAAGCCUUAGGAAUACCUACAUCACAGUAUAGAUACGGUACAAUUCUGUCAUCUACGUACGACACCUGUAGUGUCUCUUGGUUGUAAGAUCGUCUUCGUUCUACUUCUGAUUUAGACAUUUAAGAGCUGUAUGUUGUUUUAGUUACUCUUCCGAUUGUAACAGGAUGACAUAUCAUAUUGAAAGACCAUUUUCAAACAUGCCCAAUUUGUAAUUUUAUUGUCUCAACGUUUCAUUGUUGUCAUUUUGUUCAUUUCCCAUUCUGUGAUAGACAUUUUUGUGUUCCAUAGUGUGAGAUUUGCAAAGUGCCUAACAAUUCUCAUGUAAGAAAAUAGAGGCCCUGCUAAUAGUUAGAAGACCGGCAACAAAUGUCCAAAAUUAAGCUGAGAGGAAAACACUCAGUUGGCAGUGAUAGCCAUUGUAUUUAGUAUUGAGCCUAUUUCACUAUGAAGUCAUUUUAAACAAUGUCGUUAUUGACAGGGGAGAACGCCACUUCUUGCUAACGUUAACAUGAAACAAAAUGUUCAGUUCAUUUCUGAUCGUUUAAGUUGGUUUGAUUGUUUUCUUAUCAAAUGGCAUAAUGCUGAACAUUAGGCAUUAAAGGAACUAUUUGUAAUUUCUUUAUUGAUACCAACAUAUUUGGUUACAUGGACCUACAUUUACAAAACAAGAACAGUUUGAGCUAAUUGAAUAUCCACUAUACAGAACGGCACACAACAAUGUAAAUGUGGGCUCUAUUCAAUCAGAUCUCCUUUAGCCCACAUCUGCAUAGCAGUUGUUUUGGAACUGCAUUAGAACUGUCAAAUCCACAAGCGGCUCGUGGCAUUAUACCUAAAGCCGACAUUACCAUUGGCUGCACGGAGGCGCAUUAACAAAUCUCAUGCAGCCCUGUUUACAAGGUCUAACACUGGAAUGUGAGAUGUAAUCUACACCUCCUUUAGGGUGAUAGAAAUACUCAUUAUUUUCUUUGAAUGAUUUUUACAUUUGAGCGUAAUAAUUUCUAUAUAGCCUACACUUUCCCUUUCUCGUUCUGAACUUCUAAUGCGAGUGGGCUGGGUGUGACUCCGUGACAAAGGUCGCAAGAGCAGUUGCUCACCGAUUUGAUGGCUCCAACGCAGUUCCACCUCCAACACCGCUAAAAUCUCUGCUAUGCGGUAGUCUGCUGUCGCUGAUUAAGACUUGAUCUGAUUGAAUCUAGGUCUAAGAUUACUUUUCAAGGUAGACUAAGCAAUAUGUUUCACUAUACAUAGUGGGGUGACCAGUGACGUAGCACAUUUUCACCCGCAAGGUUCGACCAUCACCCAAAAUGAAUGUUGUUUUAGGAUUUUUGCCAUGAGGCUGAGAGAAAAUGUUGCUGUCGUUGAUAUAGGGGAUUCUUGGAUUCUUGAAAGACUGGAGUUGGAGUUGACAAUAGAUACUCAAAACAGACAUUUUUGCCUCUAAAAACAAGUUCAAUCCAAAUAUUUGUAAAUUAAUCACACACAAAAAGCUUAUUUGUGUUUGUAAAAAGCCCUUUUGUGGGAAAAACUAAUUCUGAUUGGCUGGGCCUGGCUCCCCAGUACCUGAGCUCAAUUUCAAGUCUCAUAGCAAAGGGCUACUAAAUAAGGUAUUUCUGUUUUUAUUUAUUUUUUAUUUAUUUUUUCGCUUUGUCAAUAUGGGUUAUUGUGUGUAGAUUGAUGAGGGUAAAUAAUAAUGUUAUACAUUUUAGAAUAAGGCUUAAACAUAAACUGUGGACAAAGUCAA